CCCGGACGUUGCCAUCGCCACAUGACCGUUGUCUUCGUGGCCGCUGGCCAAAAAAGUACCCCACCAGUCCGUAGCCACUGGCUCAAGCAUCGGCCGCGCGCCGCGCGGCGGUCCUCCGGGGGCUCCGCAUGGGCCCUCCCGGCGGCUUUGCGGGCAGACGCCCAGCCGAGGCCGGCUGCCCCGCCUGCCGGAGCUGCACCGGGCAGCCGGCCGGGCCAGAGGCCGAGCGGUGCGUGUUUUGCCACUUGGCGGACGGGACGCAGUACGUCCCAACGCACUUCGAGGGCACGGAGCCGCUGCCCUUCGGCCCCGGGCUGGCCGCCCACUGUGCGUGUGCUGCCUGCUGGGCCGCCUGGGUGGAGCAGCAGGCGCGAACCAGCAAUCAGCGACGACUGCCCAGCACGCAGGGCCGAUCUGGCCCCCGCGUCGGGGAGCGCGAGUUGGAAAGCCAGGACGUCGACGUGUCGUGCCCCGUUUGCCAGCGCCGGGUGGACGUGUGCCAGGGCUGCCCCGCCCAGGCUGGGCUGUGCGGCCCCUGCCUCGAGCGCCUCGUCCUGCCGCGCGGGAAGCUGCCCCGUCUUGACCGCUGCGGCGGCUCUCGGCGCGCGUGCUGCCGCGCACCCUUUUGGUGCAUGGUGGCCGUCGCCGUGAUCGCGUGGAGCGGCGCGGCCUACGGUGUCAACGCGCUCAUGCGACGUCUGCUGGCCCGAGUGGCCGAGGCAACCGAGCUGGACGGCUUCGACCUACCAUCGGAGAUGGCCUACUUGGUCUGCCCGGCCCUCGGGUUGCUGGGCGGCGUCCCGUACGACCCGUUCCUCAGAGCCCUGGUGGAGGUCGGCGAGCGACUAUGUCGUGGGAGUCGCGCGCGCGGCCGCCGGAGGUGACCACGGAGCUACCGGCAGGAGCGGUGCCAGAGCGCUCGCCCGCGGGCGACCGCGCGCGGCAGGAGCUGUGAGCGCGCGCCCGUGCUCCCACCAAAGAAAAUCUAUCCCAGUGCGACCCUACCUAGGAGUCGGAGCCUCUAGGGAAGCAACAUUAGUAGGAGC